AUGUCGAGGACACGAGAGAGGAACAAGCCCCGCCCUCUGCCUCAGGUUGUGAGGAAGAGGAAGAGGGAGGAAGAGCAGCAGGAAGUUGGACAGGAGGUGACCAAACCUGAAAAAAAGCGUUUGGUUGAAAGUCCUGCUCCGGUGUCUGACCUCCAGCAGCAACUGUCUGCUUCUGCUAUGCCAAGCAGGAGGAUAUACAAGGCAGCUCAGAGGGAAGAACUGCGGAAGCUGAAGCCGUCUCUGGAGCAGCGUUACUAUGUGAACACCGCAGUGCUUCCUGAAUGUCGUCCCCUUCCUCCCAAGUUUGCUGCUGCUGCCCAGAAGAGGCGCUUGGCCAUCCUGCCGGAUCAGCCCCUUACGAUCCACACACUCAGUGUUCCAGAGUACCAAAGUCUCUAUCACUCGGUGGUGGAUCCGUAUCUCGUGAUGUCCACCGGAAAGCCAUACCCCUACUCCCUGGCGCUGGGACGCUUGAUCAAGCAGCGUCUGUGGGAUAAGCUUGGGUGUCCCUCCGUAAUAGAGAAGGAGCAUGUGCAGGACUGUGAGGAGGUGCAUUAUGCUGAGAAAUUCAGCACUCCAUCACUAACCAACUUCACUCCUCAUGUCCAUGUGGACAUUAGUGGUGAGCCCAGGCCUAUCAGUCUGAACUGA